CCGUGCUGGCUGAAAAAACGGCUGCAAUCUAUCCCUUGCGAUCUGCCCCCAUCCUCCUUUGGCAAUUGCGGCAACCUCAAAAGGGACUCGCUGUCGUCCUCCACGCACGCCCCAUCGACAUCGUCACGCCCCAUCGACAUCAUCGCGCUCCGUCCAGCCUACCAUGACCUCCCCUGUCUACAACUUCUCGGCCGGCCCUGCCGUGCUCUUCCGAUCCGUGCUGGAAAAGGCCCAGUCCGAGCUUCUCGAUUUUGCCAACACCGGCUCCUCGGUGAUGGAGAUUUCGCACCGAUCCAAGGAGUUUGAAAGGGUCAACGACGAGACCGAGGCUGAUCUGCGGGCGCUCUACAACGUGCCAGAUAACUACAAGAUCCUGUUCAUGCAGGGCGGCGCCACGGCCCAGUUCUCGGCCGUUGUCUACAACCUGAUUCCCGGCGGCAAGAGCCAGCCCGCCGACUAUGUCGUUACGGGCGCUUGGUCCGAGAAGGCCGUCGCGGAGGCCAAGGGCCUCGGCGCCAAGGUCAACGUCGUCUGCAACACCAAGGCCUCUGGCCACAACGGCUCUGUCCCUCCGGUCAGCGAGUGGAAGUUCUCACCCGACGCUGCCUUUGUCUUCUAUGUCGAUAACGAGACAAUCCACGGCGUCGAGUUCCCCGAGUUCCCUUUCGAUGCCGUGCCCGCGGGUGUGCCCGUGGUGUGCGAUAUGUCUUCCAACAUCCUCUCGCGUCCUUGCGAUGUGUCCAAGUACGGCGUUAUCUUUGCCGGAGCCCAGAAGAACAUUGGCCCUGCUGGCGUCACCGUGGUGAUUAUCCGCGAGGAUCUGCUGAGCCGCAAGUCGCCCGACUUUCCUUGCCCCGUCUGCCUGGACUACAAGAUCUGCGCGGCCAACAAGUCGCUCUACAACACCCCGCCGACCUUUGCCAUCUAUCUCUCCGGCCUGGUCUUCAAGCACCUGAUUGCCAUUGGCGGCAUCGGCGCCAUCACGGCCCACAACAACCGCAAGGCCGAGGUGCUGUACGAUGCCAUCGAAAAGUCGAGCGGCUUCUACCGCUGCCCGGUGCAGCCGGCCUACCGCUCGCGAAUGAACCUGCCCUUCCGUAUCUACAAGGAUGGCCAGCCCUCUGAGGCGCUCGAGUCGCUGUUCGUCAAGGAGGCCGAGGCUCGCCGCAUGUCGCAGCUCAAGGGUCACCGCUCCGUCGGCGGCAUCCGAGCCUCUCUGUAUAAUGCUCUUCCGCUCGAGGCCAGCGCCGCGCUCGCUGCCUUCAUGACCGAGUUUGCCGGCAAGCAUGCCUGAGCGAAAUCCGGCACUUGCCGUGCUUUCUCUUGCGACGAGCUCGGCCUCUCUGGUCUGGGUCUCGGAAGGAUCGAGAAUCGAGAAUAGAGAGAGAGAGAGCAGACCUUUGAAUAUAGCAAGAACGGCGAUUCAUCUGCACCACGUUCUUGUGAACCGGACGAACGGGCGGGGCUGGUUGAUGUGUUCAAUGGGGGAG